CACAGGGCUGGAGAGACGCAUUACGUCACCGCUUCACUGGUCGCCAUGGGAACUAUCCCGCCCUUCCACGCUGCCCCCCUCCACCCCAGCCCGGGAGGCGGGGACUUAGCGACCGAGAAGGCGCCUUCGAAUCACCGACCACUAGCUACGAAGGCUGAGGGGCGGGGCUUUCUGGGCCACGCCCAGUCAUUGGAAUCGAAUUUCUGGUUGGCUGAAUGUGAGAGACAGGUUAGCCAAUGAACGGCCACAAUGGGGAGAGGGCGGGGUCUGGAGCUCCGAUUGGCAGGCGACCAACCAACGGCGCGCGGCCCUUGACGCUCCUGCUCCACGUCGGCAGCAUCGUUGAGGCCAAGAUGGAGGCGCUGAUCCUGGAGCCAUCCCUGUACACAGUGAAAGCCGUCCUUAUCCUGGAUAACGAUGGCGACCGCCUCUUUGCCAAGUACUAUGAUGACACAUACCCCACCGUUAAGGAGCAGAAAGCCUUUGAGAAGAACAUCUUCAACAAGACCCACCGGACAGACAGUGAGAUCGCCCUCCUGGAGGGGCUGACCGUCGUCUACAAGAGCAGCAUCGACCUGUACUUCUACGUCAUCGGCAGCUCCUACGAGAACGAGCUGAUGCUCAUGGCCGUGUUGAACUGCCUCUUCGACUCACUCAGCCAGAUGCUGAGGAAGAACGUGGAGAAGCGUGCCCUGCUGGAGAACAUGGAGGGUCUCUUCCUGGCAGUGGAUGAGAUCGUGGAUGGAGGCGUGAUCCUGGAGAGUGACCCCCAGCAGGUGGUGCACCGAGUGGCUGUGCGGGUGCUGCAGUCAGCCAAAGAACAGAUCAAGUGGUCUCUGCUGCGAUAGGGCACGGAUCCCACUGCUGCCCCCAUCUCUACUGUGUCCCACCCCCUUGUCCUGUAUGACGCACUGCCUGGCGCCCUAACACGCUGGAGGAUUUUGCUGGA